AUGCUGCUUCAUGUCUCAUCACCGCGAUUUCAGCCGUUUCCGAUCUCAUGGAUAGUGUUCCCGAAUUUGUUUGGCUCGAUUGCCUUGAUCAUCGCCCUCCAUAUUAAAUCUCGUGAUGUUCCGAUCAACUACGUGCUGUUGGCAGCGUUUACGACCGUUCAGGCAAUUACACUUGGAUGUUGUAUUGUCUUCUUCGAUGCUAAGGUGAUUUUGGAAGCCGCAAUCAUUACUGGUCUUGUCGUCACCGGCCUCUUCAUAUUUACUCUUCAAAGUAAACGUGAUUUCUCAUCUGGAUAUGCCGUUGGAGGAUCCUUGUUGAGCGUUCUUCUAAUUGCCUCUCUUUUCCAACUCGUCACCAUGUCUCCAGCAUUCCACUUGAUCAUCAAUAUUUGCGGAGCUGGGGUCUUCGUCAUUAUGCUCGUCAUUGACUUAGACAUGGUUAUGCGAAGAUUCUCGCCGGAAGAAUACAUCAGUGCCUGCGUUGCCUUGUACCUCGACAUCAUCAAUUUGUUCAUUUACAUUUUGCAAAUAGUUGCUGAGGCGAAUAAGUAG